CUGAGAGCAUUCUGUGAUUUAAUGUCUAAUACGGAAUUUAAGCAUUGUCGCAUACUUAUGACGUCAACUUGACAUUGUCAAAGCAUGAAGUGCUGAGACGAGGAGCGAUGGCAUUAUUAAGAUCGAUUGGAGUGGUACUCUGCGACUUGGCAUCAGGGGCUCAGCACAAAGCUUUUAGUGUGUCAGCCGCUGUCUCAGCUAUUCAGAAAAUGAGCCGGGUCCGAGUCGUUGAUAACAGUGCUCUUGGAACUACUCCAUACCAUCGCCCACCUAGAGUCAUCCAUGUUUAUACCAAGAAUGGAGUCGGCAAGGUUGGUGACAGAAUCUUGCUGGCCAUCAAAGGACAGAAGAAGAAGGCCCUCAUUGUGGGGCAUAAGAUGCCAGGACUAAGAAUGACUCCACGAUUUGACUCCAACAAUGUAGUUUUGAUUGAGGACAAUGGAAACCCUACAGGAACAAGAAUCAAAGUCCCCAUCCCUACACAUUUACGAGAGAAGGAAGGAGAGUAUUCUAAGUUAUUGGCUAUUGCACAGAGGUUUGUGUAGUGAGCUGGACUGUGUUGAUGUAGUUUGCAUAUCUGGGUAUUAUUUGUGUUUAUCUGAUUAAAUAAAUCUCUAUGAUGACACAGCACAGAUGAAUGUUCAAAUGCUGUACAUUGGGGGUAUCUGAUACUUGAUGUUUUAAUAAAUGAAUUACUUUUUACUUUCAUGAGAAUGAAAACACA